GCAGGGUGAAGUGGAAUUCGGAGAAAGAGAGAAUCGUUUUGCGAUCAAAUUGAGAAAAGAAAAUGGAAGUUGAAGGAUCAUCGAAGAAGAUGAUAGCGACACAAGAGGAAAUGGUGGAGGCUAGGGUUCCAUUAGCGUACAGAGACCAGUGCGCACACUUGCUGAUCCCUCUCAACAAGUGCAGACAAGCCGAAUUCUAUCUCCCAUGGAAGUGCGAGAACGAACGUCACACCUACGAGAAGUGCGAAUACGAACUCGUCAUGGAGAGAAUGCUUCAGAUGCAGAAGAUCCGUCAGCAAAACGCCGACUCCAAACACCCUCUCCCCGCCGUUUCCCUCAUUCCCAAACCGGCCAAUGCCUGACCCCCUCUCUGAACCUUUGCUUGGGUCAGAUGUUCUUUCAUGUUUUUCUGUUGUAAGGAUCAAAGUUACUUUGGAAUGUUUGCCAGAGACCCCUACAGACUGUUUAUAUUUUAUUUUCUGCUGUCAUUGAGUC